AUGUACCAGCUGCUGAAGGGGCUCGCCUUCUGCCACAGCCGCAACGUGCUGCACCGCGACCUGAAACCGCAGAACCUGCUCAUCAACCGGGACCUGAAGAAAUACUUUGACAGCUGCAACGGGGACCUGGACCCCGAGAUCGUGAAGUCCUUCAUGUACCAGCUGCUGAAGGGGCUCGCCUUCUGCCACAGCCGCAACGUGCUGCACCGCGACCUGAAACCGCAGAACCUGCUCAUCAACCGGAACGGGGAGCUCAAGCUGGCGGAUUUCGGGCUGGCUCGGGCCUUCGGCAUCCCCGUGCGCUGCUACUCGGCCGAGGUGGUCACCCUGUGGUACCGGCCCCCUGACGUUCUCUUCGGGGCCAAGCUCUACUCCACCUCCAUUGACAUGUGGUCAGCUGGGUGCAUCUUUGCGGAGCUGGCCAACGCGGGGCGGCCCCUCUUCCCGGGCAACGACGUGGACGACCAGCUGAAGAGGAUCUUCCGGCUGCUGGGGACCCCCACCGAGGAGCAGUGGCCGGCCAUGGCCAAGCUGCCAGACUACAAGCCCUACCCCAUGUACCCAGCUACCACUUCCUUGGUCAACGUGGUGCCCAAGCUGAACGCGACUGGCCGGGACCUGCUGCAGAACCUGCUCAAGUGCAAUCCGGUGCAGCGGAUCUCAGCGGAGGAGGCCCUGCAGCACCCCUACUUCACCGACUUCUGCCCCCCCUAGGGCCCCCAGACCCCCUGAGGGGGGCAGCCCCCCGCCCCCCCAGCCGGGUGCCAGCCCAUGCCAGCCCCCUGACUGCAGCCCCCCAGUAUUUAUUAGGUUCUGCCCCGGCUGCAGGGGGCUGGCACAACCCCCGGGGGGGGAUGAGAGGGCUGGGACUCCCCCCAGGGGCAGGGGGCUUCCCGAGGGCAUGGGAACCCCCAGACAUGGGGCCACAGGGCUGGUGGAGGGGCAGGACCCUCCGGGACCAGGUACAGGGACCCCAGGGGGGAAUGAACCCCCCAGUCUCCUCUCCCUACUUCCCCUGAGCCCCCAGUGCUGGGGGUCCCGGUGUGCCCUGAGCCCCCUGUGCUGGGGGUCCCGGUGUGCCCUGAGCCCCCAGUGCUGGGGGUCCCGGUGUGCCCUGAGCCCCCUGUGCUGGGGGUCCC